AUGAAACCCAAGCGAACAAUUCAGCAUCGUGACGCCUCCCUGCAAAACAUGCGUUUGCUUUGGAAUUCUGUAGCCAAGUUUGCCGCCACAAGCACGCAUCCCUACGAGCCACACGUGUCUGAAGGUCGUGCUGUUGAGGGACCAAUCAGCGGGCGACAACAGGGCAGACCUGAGCCUGCCGACGCUUAUUCGCAGAAAAAAUCGGCACGGCACUGUUGGGACGGAACUGUAACACAAGCCUAUCGUGAAGCCGUGGGAAUAGGGACACAUGCUCCCUGCUAUGACAUGGGAAUCAAACCCCUCGCCGCGGCAAAACAGGUGGCCUCAAGCAGCAUUUCAUAA